GAGGAUGGAGCAGUGAGCGGGUUCGGGCCGCUGCCGGCAGCGCCAUGGAGACGGUACAGCUGAGGAACCCGCCGCGCCGGCAGCUGAAGAAGUUGGAUGAAGAUAGUUUAACGAAACAACCAGAAGAAGUGUUUGAUGUCUUAGAGAAACUUGGAGAAGGGUCCUAUGGCAGCGUGUACAAAGCUAUUCAUAAAGAGACGGGUCAGAUUGUUGCUAUUAAGCAAGUUCCAGUGGAAUCGGAUCUGCAGGAGAUAAUCAAGGAAAUCUCAAUAAUGCAGCAAUGUGACAGCCCUCACGUAGUCAAAUAUUAUGGCAGCUAUUUUAAGAACACAGACUUGUGGAUUGUUAUGGAGUACUGUGGGGCUGGCUCUGUGUCUGAUAUCAUUCGAUUGCGAAAUAAAACGUUAACAGAAGAUGAAAUAGCAACAAUAUUACAAUCAACCCUCAAAGGAUUGGAAUACCUUCAUUUUAUGAGAAAAAUACACCGAGAUAUCAAGGCAGGAAAUAUCUUGCUAAAUACAGAGGGGCAUGCAAAACUUGCAGACUUUGGAGUAGCAGGCCAACUUACAGACACGAUGGCUAAGAGAAAUACUGUGAUUGGGACACCCUUUUGGAUGGCCCCAGAAGUCAUUCAGGAAAUUGGGUACAACUGUGUGGCAGACAUCUGGUCGCUGGGAAUAACUGCCAUAGAGAUGGCUGAAGGGAAGCCCCCAUAUGCGGAUAUCCACCCCAUGAGGGCAAUCUUCAUGAUUCCUACCAACCCUCCCCCUACAUUCCGAAAGCCAGAGCUGUGGUCAGAUAACUUCAUGGAUUUUGUGAAGCAGUGUCUUGUGAAGAGCCCUGACCAGAGAGCUACAGCCACUCAGUUGCUGCAGCACCCAUUUGUCAAGAGUGCCAAAGGAGUGUCGAUCUUGCGGGACCUGAUUAAUGAAGCCAUGGACGUGAAGCUGAAGCGCCAGGAAGCCCAGCAGCGGGAGGUGGACCAGGAGGAUGAAGAGAACUCAGAGGAGGAUGAGAUGGAUUCUGGCACGAUGGUUCGAGCAGUGGGCGAUGACAUGGGCACGGUCCGAGUCGCCAGCACCUUGAGUGACGGAGCCAAUACUAUGAUUGAGCACGAGGACACGUUGCCGUCACAACUGGGCACCAUGGUGAUCAACGCAGAGGAUGAGGAAGAGGAAGGCACUAUGAAAAGAAGAGACGAGACCAUGCAGCCUGCAAAGCCAUCUUUCCUUGAGUACUUCGAGCAAAAAGAAAAGGAGCACCAGGCCAACAGCAUUGGCAAGAGCACGCCGGGCCCACUGAGAAACUCUUCAGACUGGAAGGUGCCGCAGGAUGGAGACUAUGAGUUCUUGAAGACGUGGACAGUGGAAGACCUUCAGAAGAGGCUCUUGGCCCUUGACCCCAUGAUGGAGCAGGAGAUCGAAGAGAUCCGACAGAAGUACCAGUCCAAACGGCAGCCCAUCCUGGAUGCCAUUGAGGCCAAGAAGCGGCGGCAGCAGAACUUCUGAGCUGGGCCAGGCCCAGGGCUCCUGGACAGCUGUGCUUGCUCGCCGUCACCUCUCCACGGCCCCCCGUGCAAACUCAGGAAUGAGUGCCAGAGGCAAGGGCUGCCUUGUAGGUCAGCGGGCCAGCAGGCGUGACCCUGGCGCUUACUCACUCUGCAUUGUGAAGCCCCGGAUCAGACUCCCUAGUUGACUGAUUGCUGGGAAAACCUUACGUGGUCUUUCUGUGUAUCCUCUCUCAAUAGCUUUCAGCGGUUCUUCCUGGGAAACUUUUUAAAGACAUAUAAAUAUGCAUAUAUAUAUAUAUAAGUUAUAAGUGGGUUCCCACUCGACGCGGUGGCGUCUCUGUACAGGUACAGUUUAAAGCUUCUUCUCUGUAUGAUUACGGUACUGUGGACUGCAAGGGCAGAAGGCUGGGCUCCUGGGAGCUGUCUGACCCCCUUGCAGGGCUGCAUUUCAACGUGAAGCUUGAGCCACUUUCAGCCUCGUGCGAGCUCCCGGGGCAGCCUGGCACCUGCUCGCAAUUGGGCCGUUCCUGCUCUCCCAGCUGCCCAGAGUCCCAGCACAGACCCUGCUCAGUGCCUUAAGAGAAGAUGCGACCCAGGGAGGGCGCCGUCCGCCCGGGGCUCUCGGCAGACACGGGACUGUGGCAGGCUGCACGGGGGAAAGGGUUUCCGAAGCUCAUUGUCCGCGCUGUGUGCUGCCCUCUCUCUACGGAGGGGCAGAGGGCCUUCUGUGCUUUUGCUGUCCAUACUCAAAGAUGUGGCUGUUGUCUUUCUCAGUUAACUGCUGAGGGGGUCUGAAAACCAUAGAUGAGAAUUGGGCCUCUCCAGAAGGAGAUCGACCCAGACAUAAAUAAAUGGCAAAGCUGGAAGGGCCCCACUCCUGCUGUCGAGAUGGGGCAGCUGGGCCGGACGCAGGUGAUGGGGCACCAAGCACAAAGCAGGUUAGGAGCGUGGGGGCUAGGGCUUGGUUGCCUCCCUCAAGGCCCCUGUGCCAAGCAGCCUCUUCUCCCCAGGAAGAGACGUGCCCAGGGGGCCCUGCUCCCUAAGUGGGUGACCCAGUGGGCAGAGGUUCCCAAGGGGCACCAGCUGGUUCCAUUUCAGCAAACCUGUGAGGCCUGCAGGGAGCGCUAGAGCCGGCCGCUGGGGAGAGGCUUUACUCAGACACCACAGGCCUCCUGCAGCGCUGGCUCAGGGCCACGUGGGUUUGGUCACCAGCAAGGAGGACACAGCUGAGAAAGGAGUGUCUUGUUAGAAAGCUUACUUGUUUUCCGCUGUCUCUCCCUCAGCUAGGGCAGCCAGGCCUGGCUUGCACCUUGGCGACCUGUAAUUUAACUUUAUAAUUAGCUUUGCACCCCAGACUUGGGAAUCGAUAGAAAGGGUGGGGUGGCCCUCUUCUGUGGCCAGAUGCUCUUCUUCGCCUUUAAAUGAGAUUUUAAAAACUGCAAGAGACGGUGUGGUUCGUCUUCAGGACAUGGCCAGUGAGGCAGCGGUGUGGCGGCUGCAGAGGUGAGAGGACGGCUCGGGAGCCGCUGGGGUACGAGGAGUACCCCGGUUUCAAAGAAGACAGACUCUUCUCCCAGCCAGCGCAGCUAGUAAAAUCAGGAUUCACAGCAUCGCCACGUGGGACCAAUUUGUAGAGAGCAGAGGUGAGUCACAAGUCUUGAACAUAAAAAGUGACCACUUUUUCCUAUAAACUCCAUAACUCUUGCUGGUGUUUCUGGGCUCAGAAACUGUUGGUUUAGCUGUCAAGUCUGAUAGUCAGUUGGAAAUGCCAGAGCAUCAGAUGCGCUCCCCACCGCCUCACGCUGUCUGCUGUGCUAACCCACCGCCCUGCCUCUGCCUCUGUUUUCAGACAAAGGGCUCGCACCAGGCUGGGCAGGGGGGAAAGUCCAUGUCUCCCUCUCUGGGCCAGACCUCUGCAAGAGAAGGCUCACUCCCCCCAUAAAUGUCCUGGGGUCAUGAACCGGGGCCUACGGUGGGUUUUGUUUCAAACCCGUGUGCGCCCACAUGCUGGUCCCACAAAAUACGUUCCAUUCACCACUCUGGCUAGAUGGGACCCUUUGGACAGAAGCCCCUGUGGAAUCAGAUACAUUUUCCUGACAAGACGCGUUUGUUUCUGGUGGAGGGAAGGCAGCGGAGCAAAUGUUCGCCCUUUCCCCUAGAAUAUGAAGUUCCGGGUAGAUCUGCUGCUUUAAUGGACCCAAGUGCCCGUCGUCGCGUGGGCACUGUGGUCCACGCCUCCAUCGAGCUCUGAGCCCCUCACCGGUCUUGUGCUUCAAAGAAACAAUAGCUCCCACCUAUUGUGUCUUUAAAAAUAUUUCAGAUUCUCUUAAGAAUAUCAUAAUUGACUCCCUGUCUGCCUCCCUCCUAGGUCCCUUCCUCCAUCAACAAUUGGGAGGGUGAGUGUUUCACUUGAUGGGUGGAGGGAGGGAACUUGGAUGUAUGAAUGAAUGGGUGGAUAGAUGGACAGGUGGGUGGAUGGAUGGAUUAGGUUAGAUAGGUAGAUUAAACUCAGCCAAUAAUCUGAAGCCUUGACUCCUUGAGGGUAUAGACUCUGUCUGAUCCAGGAACCAUUUAGUACCUACCAGGUGCCAGAAAUGUAUUUUAUCAUGUAAAACUCAGUAACACUUAACCAUAUCAGAACGAGAGGGUAACAUCACUAUGUAGAUCCUAUAGCUAUUGAAAGGAUGCGAACAGGAUAUUUUGAACAACUUCAUAUUAAUGUGUUCAACAACUUAAGUGAAAUGGACAAACUCCUUGGAAGAUACAAACUACCAAACCUCAUCCAAGAAGAAUUAGGAAAUCCGUGUAGCCCUGCACCUAUUAGACCUCAGCCCUGGGAGCUUUGUCCUCAGCUCUGUCUUCAUUCUGCAGAGGUGGAGUCUGUGGCUCAAGGUCAUGUAGCGAGGAUAUGGCAGAGCUAGGAUGCAAAUCCAGUGCCCUUUGUAGCAUACCGUGUUGCCUCUAAAGAUUGCAGCUCCUCCUUAACUGGGAAAUUGUUCUCGCCUCGAUCAUGCUCCCCCACCCCGUCCUUUCUUAAGCACGAUGUUUGUGUCCACUGGGGCUCUGCUCACAGUCUCUGGAUUCCACAUUCUUGUGUGUGUUUGCAAAAACAUAUCUUCUACCAGCUUGCUCUCGGACCAACUUGGGGAAAAACAAAAGAGGUUUUAUAAAUACUGUUUGCUGAUGUACAGUCUAAAAAUGUGAAGUUUGUAGCUUUAACUUUUGCAACAAAAACUAAUGACACUGGCUUGGAUGCGACUUGAAAUGUGAUCGUGUAAGGUUUGGAUGUACAUAAUCGAUGGAGAUCCGCAGUUUGUAUAUGUAUGAGACAUAGCUUCCUCCACGGCCCCCGUGUUUCUGUGAGAUGCUUCCUAUGUGCCUUUUUGUUAGAGUUGCAUUUCUCCCUCCUCUCUUUGUCCUGUACUGUGUCACCCUGUUUUCAAUAAACUGCCCUUUGGAAUACA